GAGAGAGAGAGAGAGAGAGAGAGAGAGAGAGAGAGAGAGAGAGAGAGUAAUUAAUAUUCCUUUGAAAAGACAUGAGAAAAAUUAUAAAUAUUACUACCAUUCAGUUUAACAUGUUCAGACUUGUUAUAUUCAUUCACAAACAGAGCAAAUUUCUCAAUGGUGAAUAUAUUUAAUAAGCUAUGGUAAUAACAAAAUUCUUCGUUAUUCAAAAAUGCAUACUUGGUCCAUAAUGAUUAAGUUAGGGUAAUGGUAACAAAGAUUCUUUCAACUUUCAUAGCUAUUAUCAAACAUAUGAGGAAUAUAUGAGGCGCCCCGUGCCAUAUUGUCGUAACCCAGGAAAUUUGAGAUUCUUAGUUAACGGUUGCUCGGUGUAGGGGAAGGGUGUAAAAGUCAUAUGCUAAGGUCGGCCAAGCCAAACUCGACCAUUUGGUCACCUAAAACAAGGUGCAAAGUCGCGCAAAUUAUGACAGGGAAAGUCGAGACUAACAUGUUGUAUCCCGAGUGGUUUUGUCAUUUCUCCAUGCUAACAGCUGCUGGCAGCCAGCCAAUCAGCAGCGCAUAAGCGCAUGACGUCACACCCACGCCUCGCCACGUGCAUCGCGGCCAUUGCCCUUUAAUUCGCCACGGCAAGACCUACGCUACUCUUUUCCUGAACUUAUGGCUUCUACCAGCGCCCCUUCAACUUCCCCAGCCUUGGAAGAGCCUCGUCGACCUGCUGAAGGCCUCCAGAAGAAAAGGAAGGCUGAUAAGUCUCAGUGGGAGAAAGUUGUUGCCAAGAAGAGGAGAGACAGCGGUUUGGAGUACGUCAGAUUGGCAACAAAGAAGGUUGUGGCUGCUCGUAAGGUUGGGGAGCCAUGUGAGUGUCCUAAGGCCUGCUUUACCAUGCUUGGAGACUGCACUGUGCAGGAGAUCUUCAGUGGAUAUUGGAAGAUGGCAGACAGCAACGCCCAGUCUGCUUACCUGUCAAAGGCGGUGAUCUCAAGGGAGGUCAGCGAUCCACGUGUGGGACCCAACAGCAGGAGGAAGGUGACGUUCGAAUAUGCUGUGUAUGUGGACAACACUAGGACCGUGGUGUGCAAGAAAGCAUUCCUCAGCAUACACAGCAUCAGUGAGAGGCGUGUGUCCUACGCGUUGAAGAGGAUGGGGGAGACUGGUGUGCCCCCUGUUGAUCGUCGUGGGAAGACAGCAGCACCGCACAACAAGGCUCCUGAUGAUGUGAUGCAGCUUGUCCACGACCACAUCAUGUCCUUGCCCGCGUGUACCUCUUACUACUCACGUGCGAAGAGCCAAUAUCGCGUCUACCUUCCUCCUGGCUACUCUCACAAACGCUUCAGUCAACCCUACUUGGUGGGUUGA